CAGUGAGUGAACAAAUCCCCUCUGGCUUCCUCUCCUCCUUUCCUGAUGCAGCGUGGGAGGAGAGGGAGGGGAGUUGAUCUGUCUUCUCUCAGCCACUGAGCCUCUCUCAGCCUGCCUCAGCUCGCCACCUGCCCUUGAGUUACUGUGGAUAGACGAGACAGAGAGGAAGUCGUUCUGUAGUCUGGCUCUUCUAAACUAUAUCUCUGCUGUGUUUUUAUCCCUGGGUUGUUUAGAUUUUUUCCCUCUCUGCUCUGGGGCUGUAGUGGAGUGGGGUGGAGUGGAGCGUUUGUCCCUGGCUAGCGGAGCUCCGAUGGGAGGCAGUGCUGCCUCUGGCUGGGACUGGGGAUGCUGAACGGGGGAAGGGAGGGCCUGUUUCAGCUGGGACAGCAGCUCCAGCAGCAGGGGGAGUACCAGGCCGCCCUCCACUGCUUCCUCAGCUCUCUGCUGGGGUUGAGGCACGUGCAGAGCUUCACCUCGCUGCCCAACUGCCUGCACCAGAUAGCUGAACUCUUCAUCUCCGAAAAUAAUUACAGCAAGGCCCUGCAGUUCAUUCAGGCUGAGAAGAUGUUCUACGAGGUUGCUCUGAUCGAGCUCACUGCUGUUCAGGGGAGCACAGGCCCCCAUGAGGAGGCUUUGCUGGGCUCGUCUGGGACAGGAUGGGCAUCCCCAGAGGAGCUAUCGGAUCAGACCUACCAGGCACAGCAUUUCGAGCGACUGGCCCAACUUUGCAUCGUGAGUAAAAGACCUCAUCUCGCUUUAGAGUACAGUGGGAAAGCCACUAAGAUCCAUCAGAGGGCCUUUGGCAACAACCACCCCAUCACAGACAGGAGUCUGGAGCUGCUGGCCACCGUCUACGCAGAGAUCGGCAAGACAGAAUACUCAGACUCCCUGGGCCAGUGUGUGUCAGCGCUUUCCAAGAGGUUUGCUGCUGCCGAGUCCUUCAGAGACACACUCAACAACGGUCUUCCCCAUUCCCACUCCCAUUCCCAUUCCCACCGGGAUAAACGCUCCGAGGUCCGGCACAGGAAAGACCCCCGCCCACUGGAGGACACACCAAAACCCAAGGUCACUAACGCUAAAAUCCCCAUGUCCAUACUGAAGAGGUCUGGCUCAGGAUCAGACUCAGAGCCCAGCCAUAGACGGAAAGGCGAGCGGCGGGUCCGGUUCAGGGAGCCUGAAACCACUGUGCAUGACAUUCCAUACUAUGACCGUUUAGUUGCCUAUGACACAUCACCGCCCCGCCCCCACCUGGCCCUGUUCACCUGCCUGUUCCUGCUGAUGUCACUGCUGGGCGUGGCCAUGUUCUGCACAGAGCGCCGGCGCCCACAGCGUGUUUGUGAGGAGCUGGAGGCCUUGCUGGCUGUCUACCUGAUACACAUAAAACAGCUGCUGUGGGGCUGCUGGAUCUGGAUAACCAUGCAGUGACUGGGACCCACCAGAGGGGGAGACGUGGAGGACUGCAUUCACUCUCUUCAUUACAUGUCCCUUGAGGUGCCCUACCUUGCCUGGUCCACGAGCACCUCAGUCAUACACACUGACUAUCUAUCUAUGGUGUUGAGAUGUGCACCCCUACUGCUAUGCUCACACCCAUAUAUGGAGAAAUGUGUAAUCCCAGAGAUAUUUAGCCUCCAUGCCUGCAUACUGUAUGUACUUAGGUGGUGGGUUUGCUGCCAUGUUCGUUUUGUUGAUAAGACGUUUUGCACAUCAGCAAUGUCGACGCUCACUGGUUAUGAUCACUUAAUCGCUACAAUAAUUUACAUUUUCCAUUCUUGACACAAUCUAUUGUGACUGUAUGUUUCAUGGAAUGCCAAAUUAAUUGUAUUUAUUUAAUUACAAUACUACGUCAUUUGUGUACUUAAAAGCUAACUACAGAUAUGAAUGUGUAUAUACCGUAUACUAAGGACUAUCACAAUAUUACGCCUUGUUAUUGCACAUAAUUGAAUGUAUAAAGUGUGAAAAACUG